ACAGUUGUCUCUUUGACAUCUUAUCGAAAUAUAAAAUACGAGAAAACAAACAAAGUUAUUCGGGUCUAGGCAGUAAUUAAACAUAUAACAAAAUGGGAAAGGUUCCAUUCCGUGAUAUUUCUCCCGCCUUACAGGCUUUUAGAAAUUUUCUUCUAGGAAGAAAGCAUACCAAUGCAUUAAGAUUUGAACCGCUACUAGCAGCUAGGACUCAACCUCCUCCAGAAAUUCCUGAUGGACCAUCCCACAAACAUGCCCAUAAUUAUUAUUACACUCGAGAUGGAAGGAGAGAAGUCAGACCACCAAUGGUUAUCACACAACAACUGUUGACUGACAGCAGUGCUGAUCAAGGGACUCCAAAAGCAGCUGCAACUGUAAGACCAACGCCUGGAAAGUUGUAUCACUGGGACAAACAUUACGAAUAGAAUUUUAACUGGAUCAGCAUCUACAUUUAAAGAUAAAAAGUAGACGAGUCGUACUGUUUGAAUAUUUUAUUUUACACAACACAAAAUGUAGUAACACUUACAUAGUACGAACUAUAUAACAAGAAAAGUUAUCAAUAAUCAGAUUCGAGUAAACAGCUUACAAUAAACAGUUAAUAUUAAA